UGUCAUCGGUUAAACGCUCUUAUUUGUCACUCGAGGCUAUAAAACGCACACAUCGGUUGCUGACUCUCUAACGAAGAAAUGGACGGCUUCGAUCCAAUCCCGGACUCGCUGGUCCUCCUCAUCUUCAACUUCGUCUCCGAUGUGAAGACCCUGAUUCGCUGCCGGGUCGUCUCCAAGCGAUUUAACUCGCUCGUCUCUCAAGCCGACUCGCUCCUCCUCAAAGUCGACCGUGUCAUUACGCCCGAGUCCAGCGACGCUGACUCGUUGUCGUUCCCGCUCACCUUCAUCCGCUCGAUCCUCAAGAACUUGCACAAGCUCGUGUCGCACAAGCCCCACCCGACCCGAACCCACCGCUCCCUCCUGAAUUUGCCCGCCCAAAUUCUGCGCGGGUUCCAGGGGAUCAGAGACCUGGAGAUCGAGCUGCCCUCCGGCGACCUGAAGCUGGAGAAAAACGCGGCAGUCAAGUGGAGGGCGGAGUUCGGGAAAAACCUGAGGAGCUGCGUGAUCUUCGGGUUCCGCGAACUACGAAGCUCGCAGCCGUCACAGAUUUCGGCGGACUUCGGCGAGGUGGGUUUCGCGGGAGGGCUGAAGCUGAGGGUGGUGUGGACGAUAAGCGCGCUGGUAGCGGCUUCGGCGAGGCACCAUCUGCUGAGGGAGGUGGUGAAGGAGCAAAAGCAGCUGGAGAGGCUGGUUCUGAGGGACAAGGACGGUGAGGGAACGGUGGUGAUGGACAAAGACGGCCUCAGGGAGUUCAGGGAAGACCCGGCGCAGUUGCAGGUUAGCGACGACCUUAGCGUCGUGAGCGGCGGCGAGGGCGGUCAGGGUCAGGGGAUGUGGGAGAGGAAGUUGGGUGGUAGGACGCCGGUGCCGAGCGUGAGGCUGAGAAUGAGGCACGUGCUGAAGCUGGAGGUGGAAGGAGGGGCAUGGAUGGGCGGUGCGACACUUGUAAUCGUGAAGCCCACAAGUUCAAAUUGGAGGGACGAUGGGGCCCAGCCCCAACAGCAAGCGCUGGAGGGUGACGUGGAGGAUGAGGAGGAGAAGGACGCUGAGUUGGCAUUGGAGGCUUUUGGGGGAGGCGUGUAUGGGGAGGCGGUUCGAGCGCUGGUCAAGACUCGUGGCUACCUUUUGGAAAUGAACUCCUUUUGAGGGCGGCUUUGCUUACGAUUUACGAACCGGUUUUUGGGGGCUGGUCCAGUUGGUCUUCGCCUUUUUUUUUUCUUUUUUUUAUGUAACCAAAAGAAAGGUUGUAAACGCCUUUUACUUUAUUUUUUGGUUUGAAAUAAAGAGCUGCGGUUACGCCUCAAGGCUCCAACAAUAAUGAUUUCAAUGCCUAAAACUGUGUAAUUUCAAAAAAAAUGAUUUAUUGAAUUUUGAUCAAAAUAGUGAUAAAUUAUUAUUAAUAAAUUAUUGGAGAAACUUCACUUACCUCCAUAAA